AUGAUUCUUUUGUUGGCGAUGAUUCUGUCGACCAUGAUUCUAAUAUUUUCGUUCAUAAAGAGGAUCAAUAGAAGGAAGGCGUCUGUCGAGGAGAAUGCGAAUCCGGAGCUUGAGAUGUAUUUUCUCCAGAAGUCUGAGGGGGCGCCUUCUUCUGUGCUUCUCAAGCAGCUUCUCAAGGCAGCAGUGUGCUUCAGGGAAAGAGUGGUGAAGUUGGAGAAGGACAUGGAGAUUCUUGGUGUUCUAUACGAGGACAGAAUGAUCAGCGAGGAGCAUUGGGAAAGAAUCAAUGAGGAGAGCAAGAACUGCGAAGUGGAGAAGAUAUGCAUUGAGUCUGAGGCAAAUAUAAUCAAGCAUGGGUAUGGAGAGGAUAUUUUCAAGGACGCCUCGAAGAUUAGCACAACAAGCACAAAGAAAGCAAAGGGGCCUGGAGACAAUAACACUUUGUAUCAGAAGAAGAAAGAGGUACUUGAACUUGAGUUGCUGAGGAAGUUAGGAGUAAGCAAGUGA